CACUAUAAAAGGAACACGAGAGGCUGUGGGGAUGACAGAGCAAGAGCUGGAAACAAACAUCAGUGAAGAAUGAAGGCUUUAGUAUGUAUACUGCUGCUGUUGGAAACCUUUGUGUUUGUCGUCCAGCAGCAGGUAGAUGGAGGACUCAAUGAGAAUGAGAUCAGUCAACAGAUCAGCUCUGAGGACGGAAGACAGAAUCCACCUCAAACAGACACUUUGAGAGCUGAAGCUUCAACUGACAGCCAACAAUACUGCAAUCUGGGCAUCCCUGACAUCCAUGCAGCACUGAGAGAACUGACCGCCACCGUUACAGAGCAGAAAGCAAACAUCAGAGAACUGACCGCCACCGUUACAGAGCAGAAAGAAAGGAACAGAGAACUGACCGCCACCGUUACAGAGCAGAAAGAAAACAUCAGAGAACUGACCGCCACCGUUACAGAGCAGAAAGAAAAGAACAGAGCUUUAGAGACACAACAGACGUUUAUCCUGGAAGAGAUGAACAAGAAAAGUGAUGAAAUUUCAAAUCUUACUCUGAGUCAAGUGGAGCUGAGAAAGGAAAAUAGAGACAGAGAAAUAGCUUUUUCAGCUUCAAUGAUGGAAUCUGGCAGUGGAUAUAUUGGUCCUUUUACCACUGAAAUCACAGUAACCUACAGGAACGUCUUCACAAACAUAGGGAACGCCUACAACCCAAUUACAGGUAUUUUCACAGCCCCACUGAAAGGAGCGUACAUGUUCAGAAUCUCUGUAUAUGGUCAUGCCCCAACUACAGCAGGUGCAUCCAUUUAUAAGAAUGGAGAGCGUGUGGUUAUAGCAUACGAUAUUCAGGCUAAGGAUCGGGAAAACUCCUCGAAUGCAGUUGUGUUGAUCCUGGAGGUUGGAGAUGUUGUCUAUGUGAGUCUUUGGCCUAAAACAAGGAUAUAUGAUAACCAGAAUAAGCACAACACUUUCAGUGGUUUUCUGCUGUUUCCCUUAAGAUAACAGGAGCUUUGCAGAAUAUGAUUCCAAUAAUUCUGAACCUUCAGAAUUUAAAUGAAAGUCAUGAAGAAUCAUUAACAUAUGAACCUGUAUUAAUGAGGACUUUGAAAUUUGUAGUAGAUUACUGUAUAAAAGUCAGCAUAAUACACUAUAUUCAUAAGUUCUGAUCUGUCUAUACAUGUCAGUUCUGGCAGGUCACGUCAGUCAAGCUCACAUCAGCUGACUCCCAGGUGACUCAUGUCAUGUCUACCUAUAGGUACUUCUUUCAGUACCUAUAGGAAUACGAGGCCUAUCACAGCAUCCAUAUAUAAGCUCCUCAGUAUUAUCAGCAGCUAUCACAUUUCUCUGCAGUUAAUUACCCUCCUCCAUCCUCAGCUCCUCCUCUCGUCAGUCAGGAUUUGGCCUUAUGAUUCCCCUGAAUCAGACUAAUUCUUGAAAUAUGUAUACAUGUUAAAUUAUUGACAUUAAUGAUAUCUGCAUAUGUUGGUUCUGUUCUGUUUAUUAUUAUUAUUAUUGCUGCUCUCCCUGCUCUUAUCUAUGCUAGGCUGCAAGGAUGCGCAGGGAGUUCUUGCCCAGAACAGAACCAUACCGCCAAUACAAACUCUAUGCAUUAUCAAUCAUAUUUGUUGAUAGUGGUCCUGACAGAAAUACCUUUUUAAGUGUAUCUUGUUACUGAUCCUUGAUCUGUAUCUCUUCAUCCUGCAUAAAUAAAUAAGUAAAUAAUGAAA